AUGGCCAUAAACUCCAACGAAGAUACUGAGUUUAACGAUGCCCUUCGAAAGCACGGCAUUCUACCUCCACGCGAACCAGCACCUCCUACACCUUCGCCACCACCUUCACCGACGUUCAGUGAUCUGCUCAACGACUUUACACCCUCUGAACUACGUGAAAUCGGCGAAGACGCACGAGAUGAGGAAACUGAAAGGAUGAUUGCGGCUUAUCGCCGUCAACGAAUCGCUGACGAAAAAGCUAUGGAUAAGAAAGCUAGAUUUGGAAGAGUGUAUCCUAUUGGAAGGGAUGACUACACGCGUGAAGUGACCGAAGCAAGUAAAGUUGAUGAACCGGACGAUGAGAAUGAGUUGGGCACUGCUGUAAUUUGCUUUCUUUACAAGGACGGCUUUCCUCGGAGCGAGCGAGCAUUCCAACAUGUAAGAACACUCGCGGCUCGAUAUCCUCGCACCAAGUUCGUCACUAUAGUGGGGGACAAGUGUAUACCGAACCUUCCAGACUCACGAGUGCCGAUGUUUAUCAUAUAUAAGAAGGGGGAAAUUCUGAAUCAAGUUGUCGCUUGGGGUGCGGAUAGAGAAAGACGGAUAGAAGAAUUGGAAGCUUUGCUGUUAGUUGGAGGUGCUCUUCAUCCGCCUGAGCGCCGACCACCUGAAGAACGCAAGGGCCUUGAUAACUCGGAUGAAGAUGACGACGAUGGUGACCAUUCAUCACGUACGCGGUCUGCCGUUGCCUCGACGAAUGGUAAAGCACAGAAGAAUAUUAGAGGGAAAACGAAAAAAGGAGACGAUUCAGAUUCAGAUUUCGAAUUCGAUCUUUAG